GGAACAAUAACGUCCGAAAGGGACGAGUUUUAUGGACGGAAGAACUCCACAACUUGUUCAUGGAUACAGUCCUUGAGCUUGGAGAAGGAAGGUGUUUUCCAAAGGACAUAGCGGAGGCCAUGAACGUACCAAAUCUCACUAGGAUGCAAGUCGCCAGCCACCUUCAGAAGUGUCGCCGUAAUGAUUGGAAAAGUCCCAUCGAUAAAAAGAAAGCUGGUUCGAAGGGUCAAAGCGAUAAUAAGAGGCUCACUACUCCUAGGUUUGGGGCAAUGCCUUUAUGUGAACAAGAGGUUGAUGACACUAAUUUGGAUGUGGGUGGCUU